UGAAGUCUUAAAUAUUAUCGUUAUUCCUAUAUCAACGUUAAAUAAGAAUUCAGAACCCAUUGGAUCAAACGACAUUUCGGCUCAACUUGAUAUAACUCAAGCAUUAAGAGUUAUCUGUAAAAGAAUAGGUGUAUUGAAUUUGGAACUGAAAAAGAAAGUUGUAGCUAGGUUGGCAAGGGAAAAUAGAGCUCAGUUGAGUUCAGAAGUAUCUAGAGCUGGAGAUAGGUCGCAACAGUUAAGGGUGAUAGCUAAAAAUUCUCACAAUACUUACAGAAGACAGUCUAUAUUGGGCCAAGAUUUGACUCAAACUAGGUUUAAAAGGGCUUCAAAGAUAUUGUUGGACAAGGUCUUGGUCUCUGGGAACAUAGCCUUUGUUCGUUUAGCGAGACAGGUCAUUUUGGAAAGAGCUUAUAUUGUUGGGGUAGCCAAUGAAGAUAGUUGGGCUAUUGUGUUUAAAAUAGUUUUGGCAGAUAUUUCAGAUCCAAUGUUAGAGCUGUUGGGAGAAAAAUUACAGCUUUACAUGCAGCAACCGGGGUUUGGUCAACAAGUCUUAAACCAACUGAUGUUUUACAAGAUCAGUUUAGAGAUCUUAUAUCUUUUUCAUCUUAGUCAGGCUAGGCUAGCCCCUAGUUUUUACAAAAUAGUAGAUAACAACUACAAUACUUUGGCUCAAAUGUUGGUGAUAGAACCCAGUCAAGAAACAUCAUACGGUGGUAAAUUAUUAGAAGAACAUGAUUUGACCUUCUUAGAUGAUAUUGAAAUGGUUAAAGAAAUGGGUCCUUUUGUUUUCAAAGAAUUUAAUAUGCUUGGCGGCCAGUCUGAACCCAAGACUCUAUUGUUUUACAGAGAAGAAGUGUUGUUUAAAAAAGGAGUUGAAUCAGGCUCUGCCCCAGAAAUAUCAUUAUAUGUUUAUGAACACCAAGAUGCAAAAGUUGUUGGGCUUUGUUGUGGUGGAGACAUGGUUUCAGUACAGGAUAUUGCUUUUUGGCUUGAGUCAGGCCCUUUAAGUAUUUUCAAAGUGGCCCACCUGACAAGAGAAGCAUUAUUAAAGAUAAGGGAAAAGGUGAUAGAGAAAGAUUUAGCAGGAUGCGGCUGGGUUUAG